UUUGUCCUUUUUCUUUACUAAAAAACCAAUCCUAAUCACCUCCUUAUUCUUUUCCCUAAUGGCUGAAACGCAGCUUCCAAAUAAAGCCAAAACAAAUCCUCCACAAUCCCUUAUCUUUGUCAUGGAAUUCAAAUCAUUUGUAUGGUAGUGUAUUAAUGUCAAAGCAUGUGAAUGAUUAGGAAGAAGAUUGGAAGUUUCCCUGUUGUAUUUAUCUUCAUUUGAUUGUAUUUCCCCUUCCCUUCCCUUGUAUAUAUUUCGGCCAUGAGCCAUUGUAAAACGGAACCAGAUUGUAUUGAAUGAAAAACUUUGUUUACUCUUUUGAGUAUUCUCUUAAAAUAGUGUGAUACUAUUUUAACCAAAUUUCCUAAUGAAAUAUCUCUAAAGUUGGCUACUUUUGAGUGUGUGUUAGGAGUCUAUUUUAUACAUUAGUAGUGAUUAUUAUUGUGUGAAAUAGAUAUCAGCCCCAAAUAUAAUAAGAGUGUGUUUAUCUCUUAUUCAUUAUUUGGUUUAUCCAUCCUUGUUCUCUAUCCAUUUCGUUCCUCUCCAUUUUCUAUUCCUAUACCACAUUCUAUUCUAUCUUCAUAAAUCAAAACACCAAAAAGAACUCCUUCAUCACCGCCAUAUUUACCCCGUCAUUUCCAACAAUCGAUUAUCAUAAAAGUGAUAAUCGACUAUCGUGCAUCUCAGAACAUUCGUGGUUUGGAAAUCAUAUCUUGUUAAUCGAUUAUCAGUUAAUGAUAAUCGACUAUCACGCGUUUCUGAACUUUGGAGUUCAAAGUUGUUUCCUUCUUGCUUCCAUUUCCUCCGUAAACCCGCCAUCAAAUUGAUUACUUGAUAAGACCCCGGGUCUCGGGUACAACAUUUGCUAUCAGAGCUAUAUUCGAAGACUUCCUUAAGUCUCGACGAUCACCUUGUGGACCAACUUCACAAACGUACCCAAAAGAAGGUUGCUGAAAAUUUUUCCAGAAACUUUCAGCUCCAAAGAAUUGAUCACGGAGGAAGCUACACAACAGAUUUGGUAGUGAAAUUUUCCAGUAUGAAAGUUUAACGUUUUUGCUACGCGUGGCCGCUGAUUUCACUCAAUUCCGAGUUGUGGUUAGUGAGAUACGCCCUCCCGAAGUUGAUAGCAGAGUCCUGGACGAAUUCUAUCUACCUUGCUGAAUUUGUCUCCAAAGAGGUAGCAAACGUUCUUUAAUGGCUCCAAAUUUUUGAUAUGUCUUUAUGGACGUGAAUAUCUAGCUCUGAGAGUUGGAAUUACCUAAUUCCAAUCUCCGGUUUGUGAGAUAUGGUCUCUAAAAGACACCUUAGAAAUCUGGAAAUUGUCCUUGCAAAUGGAGCAAUAUUGCAAUGGGCUACUCGGCGAUGUUUCAUGUGUGGUGGCUGUGGUCAUGGCCACUGGGAAUGUUCAAAUAAGUAUGCCAUACCAUAUGAAGAGUGGGUCAUGAUUCAUGAGGAGGAAAAGAAAAGCUCAUGUGACCAAUUUGUCAAUGAGGAAGACGUCUUUGAUAUUCCUGUCAAAGAUGAAGAUGACGUCUUCGUAGAAGAACCGGCUUCUAAUGCUCAGGAAGAAUCACACUAUAAUGAUUCUUUCCUUAUUCAUGAUGAUUUCGUUGAGGAGAUAUUUAUAGAGGAAGCCACACCGGAAGUUAUAUAUUCUAAGGAAGUGAUUUCCAUAGAGUAUUAUCAUCUUUUCAAUGAAGGAAAAUUUUAUCUCAUCUCUAAGGUAUGUUCGAAGCAGGUUUUUACAAGGCAUGGCAUCAUGUUCCGGAAAUUACACAACGAGGUGUCCACUAAUUCCGGAAGGAACCUUAUUAUUGGUUGAUCCUUGAAUUUCCCAUUUGAUCCGGGAAUUCUUAAAUGAACUAGAGACCUUUUCACGGUGGUGCGAAAGUUUGAGGACAAACUUUCUUUGAAGAAGAGGAGUAUGAUGUACCCCUGGAUGGCUCCACCAAAACCCAAACCUCUCCCAACAUAUCCAAAAGUAUUUUAUCUUUUGUUUUAUCCAAAAUAAAGUCUUCCCCAUCCAUUUUGAAGCCUUGGACGAAAAUGAGACCAAAGAAGACAAAAUAAAACCUUAGUUUCUUGUUUUUAUCUUUUAAAACUUUUGUUUGUUUCUUUUAAAGUCCCUUUACCAAAAUAAUGUCUUUCCUAUUUAUUUCCUAAAACUAAGGACGAAAUUCUCUACCAUUUUUCUCCCCAAAAUCAGGCCUAAAUCAUCACACAAAACAAAAGGGCAAAAUCAGCAAAGAAGUCUUUGAUUGAAUAGUAACUUCUUGUCCUAUUAUUCACUUAAAGUCAAGCCAUGUUGUUUUCUUUGUGUUGAACCCAUAUGGCCGAAUUGUUCCCAUCAAAACAAGCCAAAUUCAAUCCCCAAUGCUACCUAAAACAUCUUGUUGUGAUUCCCCCACUUAAGGCCGAAUGGACAGCCCCAAACCAAGCCAAAAAUAAUCCACCCAAAUUUCUUGUUUUCUACCUUUUAUUGAAUAAACCCCUUUGUCCUUUUUCUUUACUAAAAAACCAAUCCUAAUCACCUCCUUAUUCUUUUCCCUAAUGGCUGAAACGCAGCUUCCAAAUAAAGCCAAAACAAAUCCUCCACAAUCCCUUAUCUUUGUCAUGGAAUUCAAAUCAUUUGUAUGGUAGUGUAUUAAUGUCAAAGCAUGUGAAUGAUUAGGAAGAAGAUUGGAAGUUUCCCUGUUGUAUUUAUCUUCAUUUGAUUGUAUUUCCCCUUCCCUUCCCUUGUAUAUAUUUCGGCCAUGAGCCAUUGUAAAACGGAACCAGAUUGUAUUGAAUGAAAAACUUUGUUUAC